UGCGGGGGCGCCUGCCGCCCGGCCGGGCUCCCACACAGGAUGAAGCGGCGAAAGCAACAGCAGCAGCGAGGAGUCGCCUCAGGGGCCGCUCCGUUGUGGCGCCUGCUGCUGCUAUGGGGCCUCCUGGAAGCGAAGACGGCGGCCGGAGGAGGCGGCAGGUCGCUGCCUCAGUUCAGCGACGACGUCCCUUUCCGAGUGAACUGGCCGGGCAGCGAAUUCAGCCUGCCUACUGCUGGGGUUUUAUAUAAAGAAGAUCAUUACAUUAUUGUGACAACAGCAGAUAAAGAAAAAUACAAGUGCAUUCUUCCAAUGUUAGCCAGUGGAGAUGAGGAGGAAGAAAAAGAUUACAAAGGACCCAGCCCUGGAGAAUUGUUGGAACCCCUGUUUAAACAAAGCAGCUGUUCUUACAGAAUUGAAUCAUAUUGGACUUACGAAGUCUGUCAUGGCAAACACAUUCGUCAGUAUCACGAAGAGAAGGAAACUGGGCAGAAAAUAAAUAUUCAAGAAUACUAUCUUGGAAAUAUGCUACGAAAGAGCCCGCUACUAGAUCCAGAACAAGGCGAGAAGGAAACUGAAAAAGACUGGGCAAAAGAGAUUCCUUCCAAAAAUAUAGAAGGGCAGAUGACCCCAUAUUAUCCCAUAGGGAUGGGAAAUGGUACACCUUGUAGCUUGAGGCAAAACCUGCCCAGAUCAAGUUCAGUAAUGUACGUCUGCCAUCCUGAAGCGAAACACGAGAUCCUUUCAGUGGCUGAAGUCACCACCUGUGAAUAUGAAGUGGUCAUCUUGACUCCUCUAUUAUGCAGUCAUCCUAAAUACAGGUUCAGAGCUUCCCCUGUGAACGACAUAUUUUGCCAGUCACUGCCAGGAUCCCCACUUAAGCCCCAUAACUUGGAACAGCUGGAGCAACAGCUGGAGCAACAGCAAGAAAAGAUGAAGAUGCCUUUUAGAAGAGCCAAGGAGGAAGAAAUUAAUUCCGCAAAAGAAGAAAAAUUUUCCUCCUUCCACAAGCCAGUUGCUGUUGGAACCCCCCAGCUGUUAACUGUUGGAACGACACACAUCUCCAAAUUGACAGACGAUCAGCUCAUAAAAGAGUUCCUCAGUGGGUCUUAUUGCUUUCAUGGGGGUGUUGGCUGGUGGAGGUAUGAAUUCUGCUAUGGCAAGUAUGUGCACCAAUAUCACAAGGAUAAGGAAAAUGGCAAAACAACUAUAGUUGUGGGCACAUGGAACAAAGAGGAGCACCUUGAUUGGGCACAAAAAAAUGUGGCUAGAGCAUAUCACCUCAAAGAUGAUGGCCUGCAAACAGUCAAAAUGGUGUCUCACUACUAUGGAAAUGGAGAUGUUUGCGAUUUAACCGACAAACCUCGACAGGUGACAGUGAAAUUGAAGUGCAAAGAAUCGGAUUCUCCUCACGCAGUAACUGUAUAUAUGCUGGAGCCUCACUCGUGUCAGUACAUUCUUGGGGUGGAAUCACCAGUUAUCUGUAAAAUUUUGGAUACAGCAGAUGAAUACGGACUGCUUUCAGUGCCCAGUUAAUAGCACAUGGGAUUCAUUAAAAGUUUGGGGCCUUGGAAGCUGGAAAGUACAGUUGGGAAUUCUCCACAUGAACCCAAUGGUGAAGAGAAGCGCUGUGCCAGGAGGACCUCACCAGCAGACCCAUAUAAAACAAAACGCUAUCAUGAACCACUUUGUGAAUAUUAUAUGUAUAUAAGAGGCUAUUGAUAAACUUUUAAAAAUUAAAAAUCAUACCUUGGAUCUUU